UACACACACAAAAAUAGAGGUACGAGAGAAGAACAGUUUUGUACUUAUGGGUACACUUUUGAAGAAUGUUCCCUCAAUAAUACAGUAUUGGUCUUUAAGAGGUCAUAAGUGUACCUUUUGACUAACAGAAAGGGUACAAAGUGACUUAAAGCAAAAGAAAGAACAAAUUUGUACCAUUUGAAGGGGUACAUGCAGUAUUCGAAGUAAUUGUAGUAUUAUAGGCCUAUUAGUAGUUAUAGUUGAGGUAUUUAGAACUAUUAUUAUUAUUGUUAUAUUGUUGUUAGCCUUUUAUUAUUGGCAACAUUUAGUUUUAGCUCAAUGUGAAGCAUGAGACUAUUUUCUUCUACAAAUCUCUUUUCAGCUCAGUUUUGGAUUUACAGCCUCAUUUGAACGUGGUGUUCUUGUUUUGAGCUCUGUUAGUUUGGAAAAGCCUGCCUCACACAAGUAUGUGGAGGCAAAAGGAAGGAGAAGUUUUAAGGCCGUAUCCGGAUAUUCCCUCAUCAGUGCCACCCAGAAGAUCACAAGAGAACAAGUGGCAAAAUUAUGCUUCAACCUGCCAUCCCUGUUCAGCUCAAUAAAUUGUCCCUGCAUUUCUGAAGACAGACAAAUAAUUUCCUGUGCAGAUAAAUGGGUCUAAUUACCCACCUGAACUAGUCUUCUAAAAUCACUGUAAAUCACGGUUGGUGAGCUUUUAUUAAACGGUUACUAAAAUGGUGGCUGUAGACAACCUAGUAACAUAAAAUGUGAUUAUUUACUGAAAACAAAUCCUAAUUCUUCUGCCAAAAUAUAGUUCCCCAAGGUAGCACACUGGUUGUCAAGCAACAACGGCGCACUAAUACCAGAGACGACAAACUAGUGCCGCGCAGGACAGACAGGAGUCAGAUCACAAAAAAAAAGAAAAGUGUGCGUUCACGAUUCAACUGUUCAUUCAGUAGCUAUGUCACUCAGGGGGCUGUCCACGGAGGAACUUUUACAAAAGUUGGUGGUGGAAGGAGGAAUCCAAAUUUCAGAAGAGGAGGCUCAGAAAUUUAGAGACAAUGAUGUGGAUGGAGAGACCGUAGACUGCGGACUCACAGAAAAUAUGAUUGCAUAUCUCUUUGACAAGUCUUUCAAAAAGCAGCUAAAAUUUAGAGACUUCACACACCGCAACAAGGAGGUCACCGUUACUUUGGAAGUGGUCAACCCAGAGCAACAAACAUGUGAAGCUUCUGUGUCCCCAGCAAACCAGAGGUGGUUGGAAUCUACUUGCCACAGACUGCCUGCAGUCAUUUCCAUUCCACAAUUCCCACAAGAUGUCCAGAGCCGCUUAGAUGCUAAAGAACCGGUCCACAAGGAACAAAAGUACCGUAACAAAAUAAUUGGGAAUCUGUAUGACAUGCUGUCACAGUGUACAAUGUAUCCAACCAACUCGGACUACGUUCAGAUCGUUAAAGCGUUAAUUGGGAAGUACCCUUUCUUAAGGGAUGUACACGGGAAUGGUUAUCAUACCUGGCACAGCCAACUCAAGAGAAAAUUCAAAACAGAACGGGCUCCACUAAUCAACAAUGAGGAAGUAAAACGGGUCAAAGAAAAGUUUCGGCAAGCAAGAUCACUGAAGACCCCAGAAGAAUCUACAUCCACAUGUCCAAAACGACUGAAGCCAUCUCUAGAAUCAUGCAUUGUGGGGGAGGAUGCAACCUCUGUUGAGGCUCAUAUCAAGGUACUGCUUGAGCAAUACAGAAAGUUGCAUCCCGACAUGAAUCUGGUGAAAGACCGCAUGAUGAAAACCUUUGCAUGGAGACGCCGAGAAAUAGCAGAAGGAAUGUCAACUGAAGAUCUGUUGAGGAGAUAUCCAUUCCUAAGAACAUCCGCUGGGUUGUGCGAUGAGGUUGAUGCCAUGCACCCCUCUCCAGUCAACAUAUGCCACCGCAUCAGUGAGAACUUCACAUCUAUUCUCCCAAAUAUGCUGAAACUUGUCAAGGAUUCGCCACUGAAAAAACUAUACAUGGAAGCAAGAGAGGAUGCCUUGGCUGAGGAUAUUAAAGGAAUUGACUUCAGGGGUGGACUCCUCCUCUUGCCAUCCAUAUUCAAGGAGAAGAUUGAGGAUUUCAUUAUGCUUGGACAGAAAAAUCCUCAAACUCCAUAUCCAACCGUUCAACUGAAAGCACAAGGGUUGAAAUUUGCCCUCUCCAGACAGUGCCAGAGUGUGGUCAAUGUCGAGGGAAUUGAGGUCUGUUCUUGCACUUCGGUGGAUGAGGCCUUCAUUGCAGCCUUCUGCAUGUACUUUGUCUUCAACAUGGCAUAUCCUGGAUACUUGAAAAAGACACUGACCUUUCUCCAGAGGCUCAUCGCAAACAUCACGGGGGAUGGAGACAAAUCCCUGCCGGUAACUGUAACUCGAAUUGUCAACCUUCUUCGCUGAUCAUGCCUGGACUGCAUCAGUGUACAAAAUCCUCAAAGAGGACCUUUACUCUUAGAAAACUGAUUCAUCACAUUGGACUUGUACAUGCACACAACCCUCAUUUCAACAUAACCUGUGGGUUGAGUAACUGCCAGUAUGCUUUUUCCAAGUAUUCUUUUAGGCGGCAUGUUUUUCGAAAAUUCUUGAAAAUUAAGUACAUUCUGAACGUUGAGACUUUUUGGGUGUUGUGUGGGAAACUGUUACUGCCUUGCUCUUAUGACAAUCACUUCCAUGCUUACCACGUCAAAGUUGACAAUGACUGAUUUUACUCAGUUCAGUUGGACUAUCAAGCUCUCGACACAUAUUUAGUCGAUGAUAGACUGUAUGUUUCCUUGAGGUAUUCUGUGUAAGUAUGUUCUAUCUAAAUGUGUGUUACUUUUUGAAGUAUUCUGCCUCAUGUUAAUGUGACUGCAAUCUUUACAUAUUGUAAUGUUAUGCAUUGACAUUGAUUGAUUUUAUAUGUAGCUAUAUAGAAUUGAAUGAAUUAAGAUUUUUACACUAUAAAUGCUGCCAUGUUUAUCUCAAAACAUACAUUUUCAUUGAUGUUAAUAAAUGGUAAAGAAGCAA